UUUUUUUUCCCCCAACAAUGGGGCUGGUAGCUUGCUUUUCUGUUGAGUUUCUGCUGUUUUUAGCAGUUGUAUUGUCUGUGGAACAGUGGUCAGGGUUUCAACAAGGCCAGGCUCCAGUAAGAUUCCAACAACAGCAGACAUCAACUUCAGCUUCUCAGCAAGCUCCACAAGGAUCAGCAUAUUUCCAGGCUUCAAGGACUGGAAUGUCUUCUAUGGUAGAUCCAUGGAGACUUAUUCAAGAAGGCAACUCUCAAUCCAAGCAGCUGAUGCAGGGUCCUGUGGCACCAUUGACCUGGCAGUAUCCCCUAAUGCCUGAAGAGCCCCUGAUGCCUGAAGUGCCCUUUGAGCUACGGACACCUAGUCCUUCUGUGAGCGUAGCAGCACGAUGCGGGGAGAACUUUGUGCAGGUUGAGGUUAAGAAAGAUUUCUAUGGCAACGGUCAGUUUGUAGACCCUGCCUUCCUAAGUUUGGGAGGCUGUGGAGCUGUAGGGGAAGAUCCUGAUGCUCAAAUUCUUAUCUUUGAAACUGAGCUCCAGACAUGUGGCAGUUCUCUGACGAUGACUGCUGAUGCGCUUGUGUACACAUUCACUCUACGCUACACUCCUGAGACUGUAGGUGGAACUCCCAUCGUGAGAGCAGAAGCAGCUGUUGUUCCAAUUGAGUGUCAUUAUCCGAGGUUGCACAAUGUAAGCAGCAAUGCGUUGAUUCCUGCUUGGGUUCCGUUUGCUGCAACAAGAGUUGGAGAGGAGGUUCUUGUCUUUUCUCUCAAGCUUAUGACUGAUGACUGGAUGUUUGAGAGGCCUGCCAAUCAAUAUUUUCUGGGUCAGUUUAUGUACUUUGAAGCUUCCAUGAAACAGUACAACCAUGUUCCUUUGCUUAUUUUCAUCGACGAGUGUGUGGCUACUGCGGUCCCUGAUGUGAACACCGUUCCAAGAUAUUCUUUUGUUGAGAAUCACGGGUGCAUGGUUGAUGCAAAGCUUACAGGUUCACCUUCCCGUUUCAUGCGCCGAGUUCAGAAUGACAAGCUGCAGUUUCAGUUGGAGGCAUUCAGGUUUCAACAGGCUGGUAGUGGCUCGGUGUACGUUACAUGUGCUUUGAAGGCUGUCAUUGCUUCAACUCCCACUAAUCCGGAGAGCAAGGCUUGCUCCUUUGCCAAUGGUUGGACCUCUGCAGAUGAAAAUGAUCAGGUGUGCAUGUGCUGUGAUUCCACGUGUGGCUACAGUAGGAAAGGGAGAUCUUUGUCUGAUUCAGGCCUGGUUUCAGAAGGUGAAGCAACUAUUGGCCCUAUUGUGAUAUCUGAAUGAGGUGACCAAUAAAAACUUAAACUGGAUAUUGUGAUGUGGGUUUUCUUAACAUUUGGUAUACUGAAUUUGUUUUCUAUCACUUUAAAAUUCUGCAAACAUGACCAACAAUGCUAUGUUUGUGUAAAGCAAUGGAAAUAUUGCUAU